CUCGAUCACACCCACCCCGCGAGACCGGGAUUCGGGGGAGUGAAAAAGAAAGAUAGUAGAGAUAAUUAAAGCUAACUCUACCAGUGGACAUGUGCGGGUGAUACUUAAGAGUCGUUUUGAUGGAUUAUUUCAACAAGAUGGAGGCCGGCGGGGGCUUCGUGCGGGCGGGGCUGCUGGGGCUGACGCAAGGGGUGUCUCUCCACGACCCCCUCCGCCUGCACCACGCCCUCCACACACAGGCCUCAGACAGCGUGAAGGAGGGCACCACCACCUCCCUGCUCCGACCCCUCACCGAGUACCCCCACCUCCCCCUCCUCCCCUUCACCGCCCCCCCAUUCCUCCACCCCCACCUCGACCCACGGCUCCCCUUCACCCCCUCGGCAUUUCACCCCCUCCACACGCACCACGAGCCCCACCAGCGCCCCCACGACCCCCACAGUAAGCUCCCCCCUCCCCACACCCCAAGUCUGUCGGGGUCGGCCUUCUCCCCGCUCCCCGCAAAGAGCGCCAAGAUGGAGGACACCGGCUGCUCCACCUCCUCCAUUCCCUGCUCCUCCGCCGGGCUCUUCUCCCCUGCCCUCCUCGCCUCCCUUGACCCCCGCACGGCAUUCCUGGCAGGGGGUGGCGGCGGGGGGGCGGGGGGCGGCAUAGGAGGCGUGCUUGACGAGAGGAGAGAUUCCCCUUCACCCCGGGGCUCACACGGUUCGCGAGAGUCCCCUGCGCAUGCGCGGGACACCGACACUCCGAACUCCUGCACUGACGAGCCGAAAGGUGAGUGGCUCGUCGCGUCCUGGCUCAUAGGACGCAAGCCGCGGCCCGGGGAGUCGUGGUGCCCCGUGUGCGGCGUCACCCUUCGCCCCGGGGAGCUGGAGGCACACCUCACCCACGAGCUGGAUAAGCUGGCGCGGCUCCCCCACGCCCGCCCGCCCUCGCAGCGCGCCACGCCCCCCGCGCCCAACGCCGCCGCCCCCCCGCCAGGCACCCCAGCAGGCACCCCCAACACGCCCUCGUCCUCUGGUGCCGUCUCCUCCCCCCUCAGCCCCCACCUCCCCCACCACGCCCGCCCCCACGCCCGCGACCCCGGAUGGGAUACGUACCAGCGGGUGCGGGCCAACAGACAGGUGAGACUGCGCGCCAAGAAGCGUCGCGCGGGGCGGGGCGACGAGUGCGGCCCCGCCUGCCCCGUGUGUGGGGAGCGGAUACCCGUCGCCACCCCCGAGGACCUCAACGCCCACGUGGAGUCCUGCCUGCGACGGUCCGGCGUGCCAGGCCUGCUGCAGCCCGGCGUGGAGGACGAGGUGGUGGAUGUGGAAGGUGAUGGACCCUACGACGACUACGAGUGGAGAAGGAACCGUGUGUCCGCCCUGCUCAGGCCCCCGGGACAGCUGAUGGAGAGACAAAGGGACGGCGGCGACAGAGGUGGAGGAGACGCGGAGAUGUCAAGUGGAGGAAACGGGAACGGUGGAGGAAACGGAGGAAACGGCGGCAACGGGGGCUCGGCGGAAGGGGGGGACGCGGGAGGAGGUGGAGGAGGUGGAGGGAGCCGCGUGGAGCCGAUGAGCGUGGAGCUGGAGGCGCUGAAGGAGAAGGUUAGGCUGCUGGAGCGGGAUGGAGCGGCGGCCUCUUCAAAGUUCGUCUGCAUAGUGUGUCAGACCGAGUACGACAGACCCGCUGUGUCUGUGGUCUGCUGGCAUGUGCUGUGUGAAGCCUGCUGGGCCCACUCCCUGGGUUCGAAGGGUGAGUGCCCCCAGUGCUCCCACAGUGUUUCCCCCGAGGACCUUCGCGCCAUCCACUUGUGACCACCCUCCCCCUCCUAGCAGCCACCCACGCCCACGCCCAUGCCGCGCCCACGCCAGCAAGACACGCCCACACUCACACACUCACACACACCCUCUCCCCCCGCUCGCCCCCAUGGACACUCACCCACGAUAUCUACCUCACCCCAACCCCUCACCUCCUCCCCACCUCCCCACACCACCACCACCACCACCACCACCCAGACGUCUCCUCCCCCACUCCCACACCUCCUCCCCAUUCAUACAACCUCCCCCACCACCCCCUCCCUCCGUCCUCUCCCCCCCAUCCUCCCCAAUCCCCCUCCUUCUCUCCCCAAUCCCCCCUUCCCCACCCUUAGUUUAACCCUCACCCCCCCCACCACCACCAUUUAUGUGUUGAAACCCCUCCCCACCCUGCCUUCUCCCCUCCCCGCCACCCCAGUAA